AUGACGACGGAAAUCACUCUCACCCAGGCUAGUAGUGGCAGGAGGAUUGUAAUGCAGCUAGGCAUUAGCGAAGGAGGGCGGCGCUUAAAACAUGCACUAGACAUGUUUCUAUGUAAAGAUGACAUGAGAACAGUUGAUGGGAUUAGACCUAACUUCCCUACAGACAUUUGGAAUCAACUUAAAAAGGCUUUGGGGACCCUCCACAGUCCACCUUAUACAGUCAAAUUAUUUAAAAUAAAAGGAAAGUAG